ACAAGAGUGUACGUAUUCGUAUUAUAAAUUUCGGCAUUUUCUGCUGAGCGUGCACCCCAAAACAUAAACAAACUGAAUUAAAUUGAUUUCAGUUCGAAAAUAAACUUUUGCAAUAAUGCGAAACUGUUUUGUUCACAAAUGCGAUGCCCUUAGCAAGAAUACCUCACGGGCAAUGUUUGUGGUUCCUUGGAAGGACCCGGACUUGUUCCGCCAGUGGCAGGAAAUCCUCCCACAGCACCAUCGUCAACUGAAGCAGCACGACCGGGUAUGCGAAAAACACUUUCGCGAGCAGGACAUUGUUCGCUUUUGGCAGCACACGAUCAACGGCCAAAAGGAGGUCAUUCUACGGGACAAACCAACGCUGAAACCGAGGACCGUGCCGGUGUAUGACCACCAGGAAAUGUUGGCCAAGAUUGCGGAAGUGGAGGCCCAGCCCAAGACACUUGUUAGGCGGAAAACACGGGACGGGGUUGAGGGUGGUGUAGUUUCGGCAAAGCGUACCAAAAAGGAAGACCCUGAGGUCGACCCAAUCCCACAAGUGCCUCAAUCAUCCUCGGACUCAAGCGUGGUAGAAUCUGCGGUUCACAAGAUCAACGGAAACAUCAAGGGUCACGCCGUAGAGCACAACAUCGUUAUAGAAGUACUGGCCCACCCGGAUUUCGAAACGCUAUUCGACGAAGUGUACGAAGUCGAACUUCCGUCGACCCUUUGGGGAAUCCACCGGGACCUAGACAGAACAUUCAUCGCCUUUACCGAAUUCAGCAAAGAUUCGAUGAAUGUCCGCAAAUACCUGUUCAUUGAUCAAUCGCUCCAGUAUCGAAUGUCCGUCGGUCAGCGUACGAUGAAAUCCGGAACACUGCCGGCUGCCUCGACGGAAGCAAUCACCGAACUCCUCACAAAACUAGACGAAAUCAAAGUCCGGAAGGUGAUCAUCAAAGGCAGCUCGUCGGUGCUGAACGAGUCGUGA